UCUAGGUACCUACAUGGGAAAAAUUCUUUUUUACAACUUUUCAGUGGAAAUAGACGAAUUUACGUAUAAAUUUUGAUAAGGACUUUUGUUGAAUAAAAUAAAAUUUCUCAUCUAAUGGUGUGCAAAUGUGUUGUUAUCGCGCGGAAACCACGAUUUCAUGAAGUAUUCUCAUUCACGGAUUGUUAUGUAAGUACACAUUGAAUUGAAAUAAUUUCUGCAAAUUUUUAGUGAGCACAUAGAUGUUCCAAAAUACCAAAAUGUUCAGAAUUUUAUCCUAGUCAAAAUGAUUUUUAUCAAGUCAUUGAAUCUUAAAGUUGUGAAAAAUGGUCAUCCGGAGUAAAAAUCAAGCUUUGAAUUGGAAUCACUUGAAAGUAAGCAUUUUAAAAAAGAGAGAUAUGUAUAUGUAUAUUCGCAAUUUUGUCCAUUUUGCCUUCUUUGUUUUUUGUUUUUAACUCCAACUUCUAAGCUUACAUAGUUUUGAAAGUAAUUGCAGUUCGAAGUCAUCAAAAGUGGAUGAUCCGUGUACUGCUAAUUACCUAGUAAUUUAAUGAUAAGUAAAUCAACUACAAAAUGAUCAUUCGAUUACUUACCUCAAGAACACCUACAAGGUAAGCAAUAGGGCGGGUUGAAACAAAACGUAGGUCUCAAAAUUUUGUGAAAUUCAAACAUGCGGUUCCUCUCGAGUUGAAAGAGGCCAAAAAUGUUUGCUUUCCCCCCCCCCCCACGACACCAUAGGGCUGAGCCAUGGUGCCUCAAAGUGUGGUCAUUUUUAUUUUAGCUAAACAUUCACGGGUGUUAGGUUAAAAGCUCCAAAUUUUUUUUUUUUUUUGGUCUUAGCACUCAACCAGUUAAGUACCUACCCCUACCUAAAUCAUUUAUCGCUGACAACCAUCAUCAAUGACCGAAUUUUACAUGAUUAUUUUUGAUAUUCAAUAAGGUAUGUAUUUAGGUUGUAGCGAACACUAGGUAGGUCUAGGUACAUACACAUUGCAUUAAUAGCUAUAUAAUGUAAAAACAAAUAUGUACGUACUAUUCAAUUUAAAAUCAUCAUUCCACGAUGAAGGAAAGUCGAAAGAGGACUUAUCAAAAGAAUUGAAAGAAACUCGAGAAGAACUGAAAAAAUCUAAAGAAUACGAAAAAGUUUUUUCAAAAGAACUUCUCGGUGAUUGUGUAUUUUGAAAUGCUUCGCCCUGAGAAAGCUACAGAAUUAGCGAAAGAAGUUUUCAAACGCUGAAUGGGUAUAUGGUAUCGGGUAUUUAUUAUUUCGCUGAAUCCUUUAUAGAUAAGGAAAUAAUCACUCAGUUUUUCAAGAAAAUGGAAUAAAAAUAACAUAAGAUGAAAUAUAGGAAGUACCUAUACACUACACGAGCAUGAGCACGCGGAUGAAGAAAAAUUACGUAUUUUAAAUAAUGCCUAUGCCUAUACACAGGAAGUCAUCGCGCCGCCGCACAGAAGCUCAGUCGGAUACGAAGCGUAGGAAGCCCGCGUUCAACAAAUGAGAAAUAACUAAAUUUUUUACGUAUAUGUAUUGGACUUCAAUAGAGAUAUAGGAGCAUUUUUAUGUCAAAGCUCCAAGCUGCACAUAGGCUAAGUAAGAAUUCUGUUACACAAGAGCGGAGCAAUUCACAAAAAAAAAUUGCAAAAGUAUCGAUUAAUGACCUAAUCGCAGGGUCAAUGCCACGUUUACGAGUACAUGAAACGUACCCGUUAUUAUUAUAUGUACGUAUGUAGUCUGAAAUCGCGAUUGUCACCAUGUUGGGAAUUAUGUAUUUUCAAUCAAGCAUCGAGAUAUUUUUGUAAUUAGGCGAUUACUGUAUCUCGUUAUCGAUCAUGCGGGGAAAAGUACUUGAAAAUGUAACAGCUCGUUGCGAUUAACGUUGGCGAAUUACCACCACAAUUACGAUCGAUUAUCAGAUUUCUUUGUACCUAUGUACUGCACUACUGCUGGAGAAGGGCAAGAAGGCGUUAUCAGUAUUCAAACGAGAGAAUUUUGCUGGUAUCAUUUUCCCUUUUCACUUUCAACAAAGGUGAAUUUUUUCGCGUGAGUAGAGUUAUCUAUAGAAGACUGGCUGCCUUUGGCCAAAAUUUGGGCUUUAACAAAAAAAAUAAAAUAAAGUAUUCACAUGCACACAUUUUAGCUUUCCAGAAAAUAGCCAAGAAGAACUUAAAAAAAAAAUUAUUAAAAGAACCCUACUUUGAGUACUCCUGACUCACAAUCAGUUCCGUGCGCUUAUAGGUCUCAAAAUUUUUCUGUGUAGUUUCCCUUUCAAAGCAGACUUUCUCAACAAUUUCUAUCAAAAUCUAGGACAUUCGCUUUCAUACGACUCUGAUGUGUUAUCCGUCAUUUUGUCUCGUUGUUAAAAGGGUUAAAUACUUAAUGUAGAUAUAUUUUUGAAAAAAAAAAAUUAUUUUGUGCCAGAAUUAGGUUUUGAGAUAUGAAGGUUUCAAUUUUUACUUGUCAUCAUCUUCCCCACUGGGGAGAAGGGCUAAAAAAAAUUGAAAAAAUUCACGUAGCUAGAUAAGAAUAAUGUCUCCUCUGCAAAUUUUGGGUGAAUUCUAAACUCGUUGAAGUAUUGCCAUUGUGUGCAAGAGGAGAGGGUGGGGGAAUUUUUGUGGCUCCGAGAUUGUUUCAAAGGUACCCGACAAUAUUUUGUCAAAAUUUCAAAAAUCUAAGGACAGAGGCAUGCCACACCCUUUAGUUCAACCUUAGACUCAUUUUUUAAAAUUUCCGACUUAUCUGAGUCUUUCCGUGUACUCUUAAACUCGAAUGCAUUUUUUCUGAGUAUAUCUAAAUAGGAGAAUUCAAACGAUGAAAAUUUUUAUACUCGGAGGGAUGGGUAUUUUCAAAAUUUACACGAAUAGCUGUAUCUUGUCCACAAAUUAACCACUAGAAUCCGAAUUUUUCCAUUACGGGCCAUUCUGGAGUCUGUAGAGCGAUUUUCCAAUUCUACGCAAUUUCGAAAUUCGUCUAAAAGGAACGAAAAUCAACUCGGGCAGCUAAACAUCGAGUUGUGACCUAUGCUCGACUUAUUUGACGAUUUUGAUUUCCAAGCGGACACCUCGACUGGAGAACGAUGGUUCAGAAAACACACUCAAAGUGGCCCUGUGUAAACCGGUUCAAAUGUAAACAAACUCUUUAAACAGAUAUAUCGAUUUUCAGCUGUCCUAAUUCAUUAUCCGCGCAUUUUUUUGAACGAGUUUCAAAAUUCUGGAGGCUGAAAAAUCAUUCUCUAGUAGAAAUGUAUCCCGAUUCAAAUGAACACCUUGUAGCUCGCUGGAAAGUAACAAGAGAAAGCGAUCUAUGGUUAUCAUGAAAUGAAAAAACGUUGUCACCAAGAAUUUUGUCUCAUCUAAGCGCACACUACUCGCACAGCCAAGAUACACCCGAUCAAUGUAUCAUCAUAGGUAGGUAUACUACACUUUAUAACAAAUUAACUUUUGCCUGCUGUCUGCAAAACAAAACAGAAAAAAUACAAAUCAUCGUAUACUGGCGCUGGCUGACUGGUGAAUAUUGUCAUCACGGGCAGGUUCAUUCAACUACGGUUACAUCGCUUGAUACAGAAUGAAAAUUGAGUAAAUCGCCAGCUCGACUAUAACAUGGACGUUUUCCGACUCGCAAGCUUAUACGUGAUUCGCGGCUGUUCACAUUUAAUACGAGAAGUACUCCUCUCUCCUUGGUGCAGAUCUGAAAAUAUACUCCGCAGAAGAAAACAUCUCUUCCAGUAAUCGAUUUGAAUCUGAAAAUAGUUGGCUAUGAAAUCCGCCAACACGUUAAAUUUCUGCAACUUAUACGCGAUGCACAAUUGCACAUCCGUUCAUUAGAUAAUGAGCUGAUUUAAAUCAACGUUUGCAAUACGCGGUACAACACGUUCGUACAAAUAUCUCUGCCACAAAAAGUGAUUUACCUAAAGACAAUUUUCUAUCAAGAUGCCUAUAGUGAAUUCUUGUUGCAUCUGUUGCUCCUUGCGAACGGGCACAAUUAUCAUUUUAAUCGUCACUAUAUUGAGCACUGGAUACAUUUCAGUAGGAAACAAAUUGGUGGAACAGCUUAGCCUGGGAUUUAUUAAGAGCAUGACGAAAAAAAUCGCCGUGGCGUAUUUGGUGUGCGCUUUGCUAGGAAUUUUUGCUGUAUGCGUGGAACGGGCGAAAUUUUUUAUACCGGUUUUAAUAGGGCACGCGGUUAUUUUGAUCGUCUAUGUAGGAUUGACUGUGCUUAUUUUGUUCAACGGGUCAGCUGCGAAGCCUACUGAUAAACCAUUGGACUUGGGUAGUCACAUAAUCUCAACUAUUUUACAAUUUUAUUUCUUCAUCGUCUUAUACAGUUAUUAUCAAGAAUUGACUGGAAAAGGAGAGUAA